AUGUCGUCUAUCACCGUAUCCGAAGAGAACGAGUUGUCGGGACUUGUAAAAUCGCCGGCAGAACGACUUCUGGAAAAUGUUUACACCGAACUGAGGAACUGCUCGACCAUUGUGACCAUAACUCUGUCGGCUAAUGAAGAUCAUUACCGCGGCCCUGAGGAAAAUCCAGAAGUCACAAGGCAGACGCGAAGUGGUGACGUCAGUCUCGUGUGUGAAACGCAGUUUGGCCCAGUCGGCGACUGCGUUGAAACAACAUAUCCGUCAAGCCGCUGCGUCAGCUUGAAAGAGUUAUGCUACGUCGCGCUGGCUACAAUGGCAGGUCAGCCGACGGCUGAAGGUUGUAUGCCGAACAUUGCCAUAGAGUUCUCUACGGCUGACGUAGACACAGAACAAGAGACUAUCGUGUCGUUCGGCCGCGUGUUGGUAGCUGUCAAUGAGACGGAACCAGUUCACCGGCUCGAACCGGAGGAACGUCAACCGGCCGAACCCUGCAAACGUCGGCGUUCGCAGUGGAAGAGGGCCAAACAAUUUCUCCGAAGGUUACUGUGUUGCGGCCGUUAUUAA